AUUGGAAAAGCUUUGAAAUAAGACUUGGAAGGCAUUUAGUUGUGUUUGUACCAUGCCACAGCCAUAUGUUUCGCUUAAUGGGCAUAAGCAGCAUCUAAAUGAAACUAAUGCAAUACAUUAAACUAGCAUAAUCACAAAGCAAACGUUUUUGGAACUGUGGUGCCUCAAGCUAUUUAUGGAUCUCUAACUAAUGGUCUAGCUCUAUUACUGGUGGCUGCGGUCAUUGCCAAAUGUACAUGGUUUGCAUCAGGGUCGUUUCAUUGCACGCUGAUUUACAAAAAGGACUAAUGUCCCCAUUGUCCUGAUGGCCGGCACCCCUAUAUGAUAUGUUUUUACUUUGGAAGUGUUUCUAAGAUGCAAUGGAAAGCUGAACAUAUUAUCAAGAGUGUGUGGACUUUGUGAAACAUCUUUGUUUGACGUGUUGUGUAAAAACUGGGUUUUGUGUUUCUUGCAUUUAGUUUUGCUUUGUCAAGAGUUGGAAUAUGUUAUACAUGGAGUAUGUUUGGCAAACAAGAUGGUUUGUUAAUGAUAGAAGCUUUUUCUGUCACCAGCAGUAAAAUCAUAAUGCUGCAACUGACGGACAUUUGCUAUUUUAUUUUCACUGUCUUUGCUUGAUAAAAAACCACCUGUUGCUGGGCUCUUCUGGUUUAUUAAAGUUAAUAUAGGUUUGACACCAACUGCCUGAUUUGGUGGUGAAAGAAAGGAAAUUUGAUUCACAAGUGCUUGGUGCUUUUGUGGGAUAGUUGUGGUUUAGGUCCUUGCAAGCGGAUUUCUUUUCUCAGAAACCAGUACAGCUCAACAAUACUUGGUUGGAGUUUCCUUUGAAUUUAAUCAAUGUUCAGUUUACUAUGUUGGGUAAUGCUUUGGUAGUUGAAAUGAGAGGGGUAGCUGUUUCGGUAGGUUAUAGUGGAAUUCAUCUUGCUGAAUAGAUAAGGUCUUUUGGACAGGCUUGAGUUUUCAUCACCCUUGAGAUUGCAUUUUGCUGUUUUGUAAAGCAGGUGAAUAACCGAAAUAAAAGAAGCCUACUCAUUCAGCAUGAAAAACCAGAUUUACUUGUUUACUUUUCUUGAGGAUGCCUGUCGCAGCCCUUCUGAGGUCUUCAGUGUCAAUUCCUUGUUGUGAUAUUGGCUCGAAGAUAAGUGUUACAUAUGUACAUGCAGAGUGAAAGAUCUCUCAUCAGGAUAGUAUAGAUUCCAAAAGGAAAUAAGAUUCGGUGGUGAGGAGGCUGUCCAUGAGGAUGAUUUUAAUUUUUCAUGUACGUCAUGUGUGGCCCUUUUGAGGGGUCGGGUAUUUUUCUUUUCAACUAACAACGAACUUGGAUGGUAGGUUAUUUGCUUGUUUUGUAGAACUGGUGUCGGGGUUUGCCUUUAUAAUUGGAGUCUCUCUGGGUUGUGCUAUUUUCAUUUGAAGCAAUUUUGAGCUACUCUUCUCUUGUGCCAACAGAAAUCAAGUUUUCAUCUUCGUUAUGAAUCAAAUGGUAAACGUGUCCACAACAAGCAAGCGUAUCGUUAGAUUUCUGCUCCAAACUUCCCUGACAAUCUCACGACAACCAGAAAAAACAGAGUCCCCUGUUUCCAUUCUCACCAAAUUCCAAUAAAUCAAGAAACUAAUCAAGAAUCAAAUUUAACCAAAAACCCAUCCGGGUCUCUUUAAAAUUUUAAAUGGGUCGCAAGCAAACCUAUCUAGAAAUCGUCGUUAUGGAUUUCUGGUUCUUUUCUCGAUGGGUACAAUCUCCUGUUGCAUGGUCUACCUAUGUUUCUCAGCACUGUUUAGACCACCUAUUAAUAGUACAGAGUUUUUGGACUCAAGAGUUAGCGAUGAUUUGAAGCGUGAAGAUAGAAAUGGAGAUUGUUGUAGAGGGAUUGAACAUUUGGAGCUAUGGGGAGAUGCUGUUAAAUGGGGUUCUGAAUAUAAAGUCAAUUCUUCUAAAGAUUGUUGCUUGGCUUGUAAAGGAAUGUGCAGUGAUGAUAGCGGGCCUUGUUUGUGUGAUUCUUGGGUGUUUUGUGGAGAUAAACUGGCUUGUGGUGAUCAAUUUGGUGAGUGUUGGCUGAAGAAACAGAAGGAUACCUUGGAGCCUGAAAAGCGAGACUCAGGAGAUCAUGUUGUGUGGACUUCUGGAGUUGUUUUUGGGAGAGGAGAGCAGGGCAUUGUUGGAUUUGAAACGCGAUACGGGACAUUUCAUGUAAAACUAUUACCUGAUUGUGCCCCACAUUCUAUUUCGUAUAUUCUUGAGUUGUUGGCAUCACGCCAUUGUGUGGGCUGCCACUUUUACCGUGCAGAAAGCAGGGGAAAGUCUUGGGAUCCAGAAGGAAAUCAUAUUGAACAUGCUCCAUACGGCCCUCCAUUUGCACUAAUUCAAGGGACUCUUGGAUCCUAUGGGACAGUAUUUAAGGAUAUUCCAACAGAGGCUUUCCCUACCAUUAGAAGAGGUUCGGUUGCAUGGGUUGAUUCUGGUCCAGAAUUCUUCAUCAGUUUAGCUAACCACAAUGAGUGGAAUAAGGCAUAUACAGUGUUUGGUUUCGUUCUUACUGAAGAUAUGGAGAUCAUAGAGAGAAUUGCACAGCUCCCAGCCAAGCCAGAAGUGUGGAGUAAUAUUAAUGUUGCUGUCUUGGAAAAUCCUGUCCCAUUACAUGUCCGAAGAAUCAAGAGAAGUGUCGGAAACUUAAAACUUUAAUACGAACAGAGGCACCAGCUCAAGCGGGUCUUAGUUUUUAGGUGUUUAUUGUCGUGCACUUACUUCUUAGGUGUAUUUUAGAUUCACAAUUGGACUAAAGGGAUGAUUUGGACCCCAAUUUUUGGUAGCUCCUCCUUGUAGUGGAUCUAUUUUGUAGAUUAAAAAAAGAAAUAAAAAAAGAGAGAGAAAUACGAGAAAUGAAGGAAGAAAUCUAUAUUCAA